GGUUAAUGACCUUGUCUCGCCAUUCCGCCCGAUCACCUCCUGCCAACGCGUAACAACAAUUUUCGUAAGGUCACCAGGCAUUUGGCCGGACCACGAUACUUGUUUAAUGUCGCAUAGAGAUUUGACACGAAACAGGUGGUUGGGACAGACCUUACUCUACUCAUCCUUUGCUCAUCAACUCUAUCUAGGGUCUCCCCCCGGCCGCGUUAUCUGGAAUUCUCAUAUGCUUCUAGCAGACCCUUCGUGUGUACCAGUCCAGCAAAGAUAACCAUAAAAUGUAGGAUUUGAUGACUCGAACCACAGAUGUCGAAUAUCUCUGGACACCAUCUCUCAGGAAUCUAGGAUCGUAAGAUUCUGGCUGCAUCUAGUAAGGUGUUUUCAGGUUAUCACUUACUCGAAUUGCAUAUGCCAAAGCUCCAGUGAGAUUCAAGCAUGCCAUCCACAGCAUCCAAUCGAGGCUCAUACGGCGUCGUGCCAACUCCCACCCGUAUAUAGAUAUACCAUGGACUAUGAAACCCACGGCAGACAGUCCCAGUCCAGCAUACAUGCCGGCGCGGUAGACACGAAGUCUCGGGCUCCGAAAUUUUGGAUGAAAGGUCGCCGUGGCACAGAGCAGCGCUAAUACCGUCACCUAUUGACCAUCAGUCUCGAUUCGAUGGCGGCUGAGUCUUCUCUGAUGGUGUGUUAUACCACAAUCCAGUAAAAGUUCCGAAGUACUGGUUCAUCAUGGAAGCCGUAAUAGACCGUAGGUACGGUUGCACCCCACAUCAAAAUCACCACUCCCAGAUAAUCCAGUUGGUUCCCAAACGCUGCCGUUUGAGGACUGUGAUUUGCGAUGACAUGAAAACUAACGGAGGAGGUUACAACAACAUCAGCAUGUGCAGGGUAGUUAUACCCACGUGGCAGAUAGGAAGAAACAUGCGGCCACCCCCAGAGCAAAUAUGGCAAAGACCAAAGCAUCAGCAAUAUUCGGUCCUGGCCCACGUCUUUGUUGAGAUACGUAUCUGUACACGUAUAGAGGCAGGACCAGAAACAUCAAGCACCCUGCUAGAUGCGAAUGUAUAUUGACUGUGCUCAUCAUGAUCAGAGAGCAAUUUCUCGAACCGAGGACUACAGACCUGUUUCGUUGUGCACCAUAAAUGCGCUUGUGAAGGAGGCUUUCAGAGAACCCGAAGCAGAGCUUUUGUAACCAUGAGCUCAAAACGGACCGAUUCGAUUUGCACAGGUCAUACCGAUAUCCUGAGAGAAUAUAUUCAUUAUCCCUAUUUCGACGUGAGCUAUACGACACUUCAGGUUCUCCACGAGUCAACCCACCUUUGCCAUGGUUCUAUCAUGGGAAGUAUGGUUCAGUAUUUGAUCUUGUGAAGGGGCCGCAAGACGUACGUAAUUGUUCCCAACGUAAAAGACGUCCGGCAAUCGAUGAAGACACGCCUUGCUUUCCCUGGCAUACUUGUUAAAUCACCGUUCGUCGAGCGACUUGAUAAUGGUACCUUCUUCUUAGGGUUCUCACCUACGAGGGCCUGGCUGCUGGAAGGAGCGAAGGACCGGCGUGACGUAUCCGGAGGUGGCACGAACAGUAGUAGAACACAAUUCGCUCCGGCCCGAGGCUUGUCGCGGUCCAACAACGCUACACACAGUACUUAUGAUCGACUUGUCAGUAUCAACUUAUUGACUUCAUCUACCUAUCUCAUGAAACAUGAUUGAGACUACCAAUACGUAUCUACGUCCCAUCGGGUAUGCACACUGUAAGCUUCCAGCAUGAACUCUCUCAGCUUCUCGGGAUGAAGCCAUACAUGUUUUGCCCUCAUUUCUACACCUCAUGGUGUUCAGAGACUACGGAUUUCAACAGUGGAAUAUCAGCAACCUGUUGUCACGGCCAUGACGACCACAUUCUCGACCCUCCGAUGCUGAUCGUUCACAGAAAGACGUGGGCCGGUGACACCAAGAACGCUCUACAAAAUCAAGGUUACAAGAACGCCGAGUGGUCAGCCUUGCACUCAUUCUAUGCCACUAUGGGAGUGUUUGUUAUUGAUAUCCACGCAAGGUUCAACUACUUUUUUCCCACCGGAAUUCUUGCUACCACCUUUCGAAAAAAGCCAGCUGGAGAAGUUAUAUUGUUUUGGGGAUCCUUGUGCACCAUGUGUGGUUUGGCUUAUGGCUUUGCUAGAGUUUAUCAUGUUGUUAAGUCUUUUAUCAGCCUUCGCCAGUUAGCUGCUACGGCAUAUCAGACUCCAGACUGGUCAGCACAGAUUCCACAUCUUUAGAUGACGUCUUGGCUGUCAUUUUUGUCUACCACGUUUUUGUCACACUACGCUGCAGAGUUGAGUCUUUCCUUUUUUAUCUCGCCAUUAAUUUGUCUCGCCAUU